GUUUAUUCAGAGGUUAACUGCAAAGAGCUUAGAUAUGAAACAUAUUCGACAGCUGGAUUCUAAACUUUAGAAAAUUGAAAUGGAUUUUUACGUGACUCUCCUCAUCUCAGGAAUUUGCCUCAGCUCCUGCUCUCACUUCCCCCCACGUACGUUCUACUAUUUUGACUUGAAAAUGAAUUGGACCGAUGCCCAGAAUUACUGCAGAGAGAAAUACACUGACCUGGCGACCAUUGCAAGCAUGGAUGAUAUAGGCAUGCUUGCACCUGCUUUUCCCUAUUCAUGGGCAUGGAUCGGACUCAUAGAUGACCGAAAAUCAUGGAAAAAAAUCAUGAGCAAUGAAACUAACUCCUGGAGAUCAUCAUCGACUGGUGAAACCAGCAAAACAGGUUACCAAAACUGGGCUUCAAACGAACCCCAUGGAUAUGAAUACUGUGUGUUAAUGGGCAAUGAUGGAACAUGGUAUGAUGAGCUCUGUGAAACCCUCAAACCUUUUAUAUGUUACAAUGUAACAAAGGGAAAUAAUGAAGAGGAUAAAACAUAUCUGUUCAUCUCGACUGAGAAAACCUGGUCUGCUGCCCGUGACUAUUGCAGAGAACACCACACAGACAUGCCUAUGAUUGAGAGCGAAGAAGAAAAUAAUGAGAUCUUUUCUGUUAAAGCACCCAAUGUUGUUUCUUGGAUUGGAAUGUACCGAGUGCCGUGGACGUGGUCUGACAAAACCCAAAGCUCCUUCACAAACUGGCGAAGUGGCAGCCCAAAUCACUAUCUGGGUACACAGGACUGUACGUCUGAGAGCCACCUGCAUGUAUGGGAUGACGAUGCUUGUUCGGUCAAAUACCCUUUCAUCUGCCAUCAAGCUGCAAAAUUGAAGACCAUGGUAAUGAUGAAGUUUGAGACUGACGCUGACAUAACAGAUCCAGCUACUAACACCCAGAUCCUCCAGCAGCUUCGUGCACUGCUAACAAGUCAGGGAUGGACCGACUUUGAGUUGCGCUGGAAGAUUCGACCCAAAAAAGUGGAGGCAGAGAAACUCACUGCAUUUUAACUCCUUAAUAUAUGACAGCAAACCUACUAUGUUAUAUAGAUUUUGUGUUGUGAAUCAAAUAGUGUGUGUUCACUUUAGCGUAAAGAAAAACAACAUGACAGUAAUAUAAAAAAAUAUGCUUUUUGUUCAAUCUGAGGUUCGACUUGCGUGGACCUUCUUUUCCAGCACCUUCAAGAAAACUUUCCCUGGGAGGCUGAGUAAUGUGAUGCCUCUGUAAUUGGCACACACCCUCUAGUCUCCCCUUUAUUACUGGAAAACCACCACCCAGGUCUCCUAGUCCUUCGUUAAUGCCCCCAAUUCCAUGUAAUGAUGAUGAGAAAUGUCAAACAUUGUGUCAACCACCAGUCCCCCAAAUAUCUCAAAGAAAAUGCUCACCGAUAUCAGUGAGAUUGUUUGAUGAGUAAAUCUGAGUUGCCUUGAGUUGUUUUUGUGUUAAUGUUGUGAAUGUUAAGGUUAUCCUGUAAAUAGGCAAAUGUUACCUAAAUAUAUAAACUGAUAGAUAUUAUAUACACUCUCUAUAGACUAUAGGACCUAAUUAGUACAAUAUUAGCUUUUUGCUCAUUUAAAUGUAAUUAAAAAUAAAACAGUAUACAAAGAUUUGAUGUCAUAUGGUGAGAUAUAAAAUGUGGGUCAUCUUCUUCUUGGUGAUAUUGGACAUUAUAGAAACAAUACCAUGAAGUUGACAAAAUAAUAAAGACAAUAAAAUAGACAA